AUGUUCGUGUUUCCAGCCUUCGACUCCAACUACAAGACCCGUAAGCGGACGUUCAACUGCUGCCAGAACUGCCGCAUCAAGCGGGUCAAGUGUGAAAUCACCUCUACUGACUACGAACGAGUGGGAUGCAAAACUUGCAACAGGCACAACUGGAAGUGCAGCCUCAUAAAGCGCAAAGCCGGCCAGCCUGACGACGAUGACGAUGACGGCAAGACCCCUGGCCCAGCAGGUUUGACGGAAAACGACGACCCUGAGCUCGACGACAUCAAGGAAUCGUCAGACUCGUCGUUGGAAGGGUUCCCCAAUCGUGAGCCAGGACCCACAGAGCCGUUGCGGAUCACGCCGCUGUUCCUCAAACAGCGCUUCAACUUCAAUAUCCUGGGACCCGAGUCGUUGUCCACGUACCAACUCUACUACCACGGACACCCCAAGGCCAUCAUCGCCAACGCGUCGGAGGACCAGAGCAUCUGGCACGAGUCAGGAGUCUACAUCAAGGUCAAGAAGGAGGAUGACGCCAAGUCCUACAAGGUGCGCAACUUCGGCAAGGCAGGCAAGGAGAAGGAGUUCUAUAUCCGCAAUCCCCUGAUCUACAAUUUCCUCCUCACCAUCAACGCAUUCACGUUAACUUCGCAGGAGUACCCGUUCGACUACUUUGACACCAAGCAGUUGGUGGAGUUGUACUUCUACAAAAUCAACUCGAUUUUCCCGGUGGUCAACGAGAGCAAGUUCUGGGACGACUUCAAGGCCGACAAGGCCCAGAACGUGUUGGUGUACACCAUGGUGUUGGUCAUCGCCCGCGACAAGAUGGCCGAAUCCAUCUUGCGGCGAGUGUUCUCCAAAAACUCGGCGUCCUCCGACGAUCCCCGAAACUUCACCCAGAAAUUGCAGACAUUCAUGACUGACUUGGAGUACAAAAUAAGACAGAUAUUGUUGAUAUUGCCCCAGCUAGGCGACGACGACAAGUUUACCCGACUCGUAACCCUGGUGCUUCUUUCCCUCCACUUCAAUUUUGACAAGCUCGGAAACGAGCAGAGUUCUCACGACUUGACCGAUGCCAUCAAUCUCGGAGUAGCUCUUGGAAUCCACAUGAAAAGAUUGUCGUCAAAAAUAGAUCCGCUUCGUGCCGAAUAUACCACCAAUCUAUGGUGGUGCUGCUACAUUUUUGACCGCUUCAACGGGUUGUUCAACCAAAGAAAUUUGUUUAUCAGACAGGAAGAUUUCAAUGUGGAUUUGCCCUACAACAACAUCAAUUUACUUAAAUUAGUGCAGUUGGCCAGGGCAUUGGAAAACAUGUUCUUGGCUAUCUAUACACCCUUCAAUGAUACUAAUGCGACUAUUAGUGGGAAAGAGAAUAGCCAAACGCCAAACAACCUCAUGAACAUCAACCCAAGGUACAAUAUGUUCAAUAUUGACGAGUUUCAAAAGCUAGAAUUCGAGCUAUGCGACCAGGAAAGAAAUAACCCCAGAAAGAUUUAUGAAUCGAACGGAAAUGCUAGCGACUACGUGAGCAACACCAUUCACUUUCUAUCCAGAAUAGUUAACAAUGCCAUCAUCAUGGGAUCACAAAAGGCUAAGUAUGAUAAUCCUCAGAUUCCAAUGAGCAUACCAGAUGACUGUGCAAUAAGAGCCGCUUCUAACAUCGUCAAAUAUGUCCGGGAGAUGCAAGAGGACUACGUGAUCAAUAUUCCAGUCGUUCCUUGGUGUAUUUCCUUGGCGAUGGCAAUCUCACUCAAAAGGAGAACUAAAGCCUAUUUUAAGGAACCAUUGAAUAGUGCCGAUAACAACAAGCUUGAGUUUGAGUUAGAAGAUUACUUGGCGGCUUUAAAGAAGUUCUCGAACACAUGGUGGUUUGUCGAUGAAAUGUACAGACUCACCAAAGAUUUCACAGAUAAGUUGGCAACAAAGGCUAUUCGCAGAACAACCAAAAGAAGAAAAAGCGCUUCCAACAAUAGCAUUCAUAAAGCACAAAAAUUGUCGCCACAAUCAAAGCCCAAGUGGGGAGAUUCUAGGGCACUGUCGGUACCGUCCAAUAGUAUGCAUUCCGGGUACCAGUCAGUAUCAAAGGCGGACUCCAUUCCUUCAAUUCAGAACAUAUUAAGACCAGAGCCAGUGGCACCGGAAACUGGAGAACACUACAACAGAAAUUCGAUCGAGAAUGGAUCACCCUUGACGACCGUCAGCUCCAACGACUUGGAUUAUGACCAGUAUUUUGACUCGAUGCAAAUAGAUAUUUUCAACUACGACUUCUUCAAGGAUGUGCCUAAUGCCAUAAACAUGCUUAGUUGA